CACGACACUAACUUCCAACAAGGCAGUUUCCUUUUCCUUUCUUUCCUUCUUCCUUCAGUUGUAAUUUGAGCCUGUGUGCGGUUCUUUCCCUUUCUCAUUCAUAUCGAAAUGGACAAUUCUUAUUCUGCGUUUAACAUGGGAGAUGUUCGUUCCUGUUCCUCUUCUUCUCAUACUCAGAGGGAUGUCCACUACAGCUGUGGCACUUGCGGGUAUGAGCUUAACCUUUCCUCCUCCAACAGAAACACCUCAUCCAUCGGUUCAACCAAAUAUGGGAAAUCCAUAAAGCGAGGUAUCAUACCAUUCUUCAAUAUUGAUGAUAGCAGAUUUACCCAGGUUGAUGAAAUCGAAUGCGCCCCGCACUUUUCUAAGCACUCAUGGGGUCUGUUUCGCCGGAAAACCAAGCUUCUUUGUCGCAAGUGCUGCAACUAUAUUGGAAAUGCUUACGAUGGUUACACUUCAUCAUCAUUUCCUCUUGUUGUAUCAAACGGAACAGAAUCAUCCCCUGCUGCCACUGAAUCACCGAAUCAGGCGAAAUAUAACAUUCGCAUUCGUGCCUUGCAGCCUUCAUCAUCUUCUCAAGAAUAUGGAAUCUCUGUGUUUGCUUGAAAUUUUAUAUGAAAAUUACUACACUGUUAAUUCCUACUCUGUUUGUUUUCCUCUUCCCUGUCUAUCAAAACUGUAACAUACUACUAUACUAGUAUAUCAUAGAUGUAAUUGUAAAUGUUAAAGUGAAUGAGUUUGAUUUUUCUUA